UUUUUAGUAUUAUUCUUUAUUUCUCAUGCAAAUUUUAGAAGCGAGCAGAAAAUACAUAAAUGAAAGCUGAAGCAUUUGGUAAAAGCAGCAGAAGAAGAUUUGAAACCAGUAUCUACCAGUUGACUAGUAACAAGACGGCGGGAAUAUUCUGAUUUUCUGUGUUGUGUGUUUACAUAUAACGAAUUUCUUUGGAUGUGGAAACGAUUUUAUUGACAUCAGAAUGUCGGUUGCAACUAAUAGCAUUUUGAAAUUACUUAGUGAUUUAUCAUCUUCUUCUGACAAGAUUGUUGAAGAAAAUGCAUCAGAAUUCAUGCUUCCUCGUAUUUCAGAAUGGAUAUCUCUGGUCAAAAACAAAGCUCGUAGCAUUGUAGAAAGUGAAAGUGUGGACUCUGAAUCUGGAGUGGUACCAAGCUUAAUGCCCUUUUUAAAAGGUUCUAGUAAGAAAGGUCCUAGAGUUUCUACAGUGUUGACAGAAAUUCAGAAGUUACAUCUACAUAAGAGAGGAAAAGAUAAUGUAAAAAGUCGUAAAUCACGACGGUUUUCAGUAAAGACUCCAUUGCAACGGAAGUCUGAUAUAAAAGGCACUAAUGAGACUUUCUUUAUUCGUUCAGAAAAUGAUACACCAAAAUUGAAAAUACCACCUCCAGUUACUAAAAUAGAUGGAAUUAGUUACAGUCAAAAUGUUAAUAGUUCAGCAUCAUCAAGUGAAAGAAAGGAAGAAACUCCUCUUGCAACAUUUACUCCUGCAAGUGGAAAAAGUACUUCUAAGAUAAAGGACAGAAAUUCCAAGAGAAAAUCAUCAUCAGAGCUCUCACUAGAAAAGGUUAAAAAAUCUAAAGUGAGUAUUGAUGAGGUAAAUGACCUCAGAGAGAGAGAGAAGUCAAUGCAGAAUUCUAAUGUAGAAGAGCUGAUGAAAUCAAAAAAUUCAUCGCUGUUGCCUAAUAAUGCUAAUAUCAAGUCAUCUGUUGUUGCAAAUGCUGUAGUCCUCAAAGAAAACCGUGUAUUGCGAUCUAAAAUAGAAACAAAACAAGAGAAAGCUGUUGAAAAUCGUAAAAAUAUCUUGGCUCUUCGACAGCAGAAACUACAACAAAACAAAAGAACAAGGGAAGAGAAAAUGGAAAAAACUCUUCAACAGCGCAUGAAAUUGGAAAAAGAAAAGCUGAGUAAAUUAAGAUCUGGAACACGAAAAAAAGACUGUACCAAUUCCAACAAAGAAGCAACUCCAAGAGCUAUGCAUAAAAUUGUUGCAGAGAAUGAAACUCUCGGAGAAACCUCUAAUUCUACAAAAAGCAAAGAAAAAGAAAAGCAUACUUCUGUAAAGAAACUGCAGAUGAAUGCAAAAAAAACUGGCACUUCUGUUUUGAAAAGCAAUGAGAAGACUCCAAUUAAGAAAAAUCCAAAACAUGAAACAGAAAAGAUGAUGAAUGUUACCUACAUUGCCACCGAACAACCUACAAGUAAUAAAGGGAACUUUAUAAGCGAGACAAAUAUUGGUACCAAUUCAGAAACUUUGAAGGGUGUCUCAAAUGAUAAUAAACCCCAGACGCAUACUAAAGGUAUUAAAACUCUAUCAAAAACUAUGAAGCCGUUGUUUGAGCAGCAAAAGCAGCUAGCUAAUUCUACUAACUCUAAUACGCCAAUGCACAGAAAGGGCCCUGAAAGCUAUGCUAUAACACCUGCUCGCUCAUCUUUUGUUAGCUACGAUAUUAGUGAAAUCCGGUCUGAUUCAGAAGAGGAAGAACAAGAAACUAGUUCAAAACCUAUACCCCCUUGGGCUACAGGAGUGCGUUUGCGAAAUGCGUUAUUACAACAGCACCAUCAUCCUAUUGAUACAGAUGAAUUAUUUGGCAAUUUCUUUGAUCCCCCAGAUUUGGCUCUGAUCAUGGGUAUUAAGAAAAAACAUUAUAACAAGCGCACAAGUUCUGCUGUUUGGAAUUCUUCUUUUUCAUAAUAUACAUGACUGAUAUUGUAUUGUAAAUUAUGUUUAUAUUUGCUUUCCAUAUUUGUAUCGAUUCUCAGUAAAUAAAUGCAUAUUAUAAUUAAA